UUGGCCAAACCACAGCUCCCCCACCCCCAAACGAUCCCGAAGGAUUGGAUAGAGAUUAUCCGCACAGGGGUUACCUGCCUAUCACGCGUUAGCACCGACGCCUCCAGUCGCAACACCUGGCGAAUGUAUCGUAUGCUCAGCUUGAUAAUAAAUCAGGUCGGCGUUGCCAGCUUUCCAGUUGGGCUUCCCUCUCCCACCACUUCUCAGUUCCAUUCGUUCCACAACUAAACGCCACCGAUCGAAAGGCAGAAGAAACGAACAAGCCCAUGAUCUUUCUUCGAGGGACCGAUAACGCCCGAUAAGCCCGGUGAACCUCGACACGCAGGUACUGGAACCUCUGCUCUUCUGAAAAUCUUCGCGCACCGGCCCUGGAUCGAAAAUGGUCAACGAGGACACCAGACCGCCGACAAGCACAGGGUCGUCGGCCCCUCCCUCGUCGACACAAAAUGUUCCAGGAGAUUCGGGUCCGACACUCGCGAAGACUGGCGAAAUCAUGCUCAUCUUUGCCUUGGUUAUCAUCUUCAUGGUCAUCUUCUUCAUCGCCGUCCAUCUCACCAUGAAGAGGCGGAGUCAACGAUUCUGGGGCAUGAAGAGCAAAGAGAAGAAGAAGAAAAAAGAGAAGGAUCCCGAGAAGGCUCAAUCAACGUCCGAAUUGCACUCGACAGAUAAGAAGGUUUUUGAGGCCGAGGGAACGGCAGUGACGCUAUGCGAGCUACCACAGGACGCGCCGCCGCUGCAGGAGUUGGAAGCCGACAUGACGUUCCCACCGCUCGAACGGUAUAGAAGCGACGAUAGCUCUACGCUGGAGAUCGUCGUCAGUCCGGCAGACAACCCAUGGCCCGAAGGUCGAGAACUGGCUGUGUAUUGGUCUGCACGACUAUGAUGAGACGAACCUGGGAUGUCAGUUGAUGAUGGGUCGAAGAAUGCGCCUAUUGUCGA